GCGCCGGGCUGGGAGCCCCGAUGCGUGGACUAGCCGCCUUUGCAACAUGCUGGAGCUACAGAGCAGCUAAAAGGAGUUUACACACGGCGGCUGGGGCUGGAUUGCAGCGCUCUCUUUCCUUAUGAAGAAGGCACAAACUUGGAUUAUCACUUGCUUUUAUCUUCAACUGCUCCUAUUUAAUCCUCUUGUCAAAGCCCAAAGUCGCUGUGGGAAUCCUGUGACAGAUGAUGUGAAUGACAUUGCAAAACUGGUUGGAAAUCUUCCAAAUGAUUAUAUGAUAGCCCUUAAAUAUGUCCGGAAGAUGGACACUCUGCCUAAUCAUUGUUGGCUGCAUUUGAUGGUCCCUGAAUUGUCAAAGAGUCUGAAUAAUCUUCUCAGCAAAUUUAACGCAUUUUCAGAUAUGCCAAAUGUCUUGAGUAAUUAUUCAAUCAUCAAUAAUCUCAGGAGGAUCAUCAAUGAUUUAAUGGCAUGCCUGUCCUCUACCAAAUAUAAGACUUUUAGACAACAUAAUGACCAUCUCUAUGAAGAAGGCAAAUUCAUUCCAGAAGAGUUCUUUGAGCACUUUUAUAGCACUAUUAAUGUGUACAAAAUCUUUGCAAAAACACCAGUCCAGAGUGAUUGCGUCCUGCUAUCAACAACAGAAACACCCUCAAAUGAUUCCAGCAUCAUUGCCACAAAACCAUUUUUGUUACAUCCCGUUGCAGCCAGCUCCCUCAGGAAUGACAGCAGCAGCAAUAACAGCUACGAGGCAGAAUUGGGCUUUCUCAGCAGCCCCAGCAUGCAAGGAAUCAGCAUAGCACUAACAUCGUUGCUGACUUUUUUAAUUGGCUUUAUUUUGGGAGCUCUAUGCUGGAAGAAAAAAGGCCACAAACAUAUGCUAGAAAGUGACCAGACUACACAAUCUAACAUCUGCCAGGAGGAGAAUGAAAUAAGUAUGCUGCAGCAAAAAGACAAAUCGCUUCUACAAGUGUAGCUGUUGCUUUUUUAUAUAUACACUGUUACUGUUCCACAUCUGGGCAGCUAACAGUUCCAUGUUUGCUUCAUAAAUGAAGCAGCUUUAAGCAUAUUUAUAUUCCUUUUGGAGUGACAGACUGAGUCUGCAUCUGUUGUUGUUGCCCGUGACUCCAUAUUGAGAAUAUAGAGCUAUGGACAAAGGGUGUGCUACUGUGAAACCAACGUUGAAUUAAAUAUCAUCAAAGAAGAGUCUGCCCUGAAAAGGAUUGUUUUUUUUUUAACAUGCAGACAAACGUGUUUCUUUGCAUCUUGGAAUUUGCAGUGGACAUUGGCAAAUGCAAUAAAGGCAGGAUUCCUGUGUUCCAAAACAAAAGUCAUAAGGAAGUUUGCAUUUUGUGUACAAACGAAGACUCUGAAUAGGAGAAAAAUGUGGAAAUGGAUGAGAAUAACAAUCUUCAGUACUGUACAUAAGACUUGCAGUAAGAUUAUGCAAUGGACUAAUGUGAUAGCUUUCUUUCAACAGUGGAACUGGGUUCAUAUUGAGGGACGGUCACAUGUGAAAUAAGAUUGGAUAUCUUUCGAGCUAUACGUGAAUUUGAAUUCCAUGUCACCGACACACACUUUGGCAAAGCUGUUAGCAUCCAUUGAGGAGAAGUAAACAUUGGAACAUGAAAACAGGGCACUUGUAAUAGGAUGGAACAUUAACAGCUGGAUGUAGGGGGAUGUCCAUUAAUGUUCCAGUGGGAGAAUCAAGAGAGAAAAAGAGAGAACAUCUGGAACAGAAAAUUAACAUGAAGCGUACCUAAAAUGCUUAUGAACCAGAAGCUCUCUUCUUGAUAUUUACAAAACAAAGAUCAGGUCAUCUCGUGGAUACCAAGAUUUAGUUUAGCUUUUACUGUAUGUCAUUUAAUAUUUGCAAAUGAAUUUUAAAACUAAUACACUUUUCAUCACUUAGCCUUCUCCAACAAUUAUUAUUAGUGCAGCUCAAAUAAAAAGGAAACGUUCUUCUUCAUAGUUGUCAGCCUCUUGAUAUUUUUUGUAACAAAACUGUGGACAGCAAAUCCGAGACUGAAUAUAAUCUGUUCAUAAAUUUGAAAGAGGACAUGGAAAACUACUCAAAGUUUGUAUAGAAUAUAUUUAAGUUAUUUCCCCCUCAAAACGGAUUCACAGCACAUUAUGUUCUGUGAAAUAGUUGGACUGACCCAUGUUCCAAACUAUUCAUCCAAUAAAGGUACAAUCCUAUGCAUGUUUAGACAGAACAUCCUACAAUUUCCAGCAUGGCUUCC